ACCAUCAGAUCUUCUUCUCCACCCUCUCUGGGCUGGGUGUUUCAGGAUCGGCGCACUUCGGGAUUGCAUCCUACCUGGCAGCCCACUCCAACCAGAUCCAACAGGCUCCAAUGUUGUAGUGGCUGGGCACAGCAAGGAGAUGAGUGCUUAAUACCAAUUUGUGAGGGUAACUUUACCUGCAAAAGUAAUGAAGUUUGUGUGCGUCCCAAUGAAUGCCGCUGUCGUCAUGGUUAUUUUGGAGCCACUUGUGACACCAAAUGUCCAUCCCAGUUCUGGGGGCCAGACUGUAAAGGAAAGUGUGAAUGCCAUCCCAAUGGAAGGUGCGACGAUGUCACAGGAGCAUGCACCUGUAACCCCAAUCGCUGGGGUCCAAACUGUGAGCGAGCCUGCGGCUGCCAGAAGGGCCAGUGCAAACCGGAGACAGGUGCUUGUACAUGCUACGCAGGCUUCUGGGGGGCCCUGUGCUCCAACAAGUGUUACUGCAGCUUCAACUCUGUGUGCAAUGUGAGCACGGGCCAGUGCCACUGCAAUCCCGGCUGGUACGGGAGGAAGUGCAGUGUCCAGUGUCCAUGCAGUGGCUCUCCGUGCGACCAGCCUACCGGCACAUGCAAGUGCCAAGAGAGGACCUGGGGCACUCGCUGUGAGCAUGCAUGCCAGUGUAUCCAUGGACGCUGUAACCAGGGGAAUGGAUCAUGCACCUGCAGGCCGGGAUUCAGAGGGAAGUUCUGCAGGGAGCCAUGUCCAGCUGGGUUCUACGGACAGAACUGCAGAAACAGGUGUGGUUACUGCAAAGGUCUGCAGCCCUGCAAGGUGGCAGAGGGACGUUGUAUUGCAUGUGAAAGGGGUUGGAAUGGCACCCGAUGUGAUCAAAUGUGUGCGCCUGGGUUCUUUGGUGAGAACUGCAAGAAUAUGUGCUCACCAUGCAAAGACGGACACUUCUGCAACCGCAUUGAUGGCAAAUGCCCACACUGUAACCCUGGUUGGAUAGGUGAUCGAUGUGAGGUAAAGUGCCCAAACGGAACCUAUGGAGAGAACUGUACCAAUGAAUGUAACAGCUGCUUUAAUGGGAUGUGUCACUUCGCCACUGGAGAGUGUCUUUGUGACCCUGGCUACUCUGGAGCUUACUGUAAUGAAAGCUGUUCAGUAGGUCAGUACGGGGUUAACUGUGCCCAAACAUGUUCCUGCCAUGACAACAACUGCAACCCAAUGACUGGAGCAUGCCACUUACAGCCAAACCAGAGGAUGGGGUUGUUAGCAGCCGGGGUGCUGAUGAGCGGUCUGCUCCUCCUGUUGCUAACACUGCUCUACUGCUGUAUCUGCAGACAGAACCAACACAAGCACCCAGGCAAAAAAUCGAAAAGACGGACUGGCGGAAGGUUCACACGAAUCAGCUCAAAGCUUCCACGGAUACCACUGAGACGGCAGGAACUGCCCAAAGUUGUUGUGUCCCACCAUGACCCUGAGAAUACUUUCAACUGUAGUUUUAUCGAGCCUCCUUCUGUGGUAGAGCCACCAACUCCCUCUGGAUCGUCCCGAGCUUCCUGCUCUUCCACAGACACCCCGGAGGAUGGACCUGUCUAUGAGGUCCUUGACACAGAGGACAAAAAGAAAGGAGACAGAAUCAACACAACAUUGACUACAUUACUAGCAGAUGAGGAUAUCUUUGAGGUAGACACAUUGCCAGAGGGCAGGGACAUGACUGAGCUGGCCUCAGUUAACGCCAGUGAGCUGCCACUCCAGAAGUCCUCAGAGUGUAUAGGCCCAUGGAGUGACACAGAGUCUGAAGCUAGAACCUUCGACCUCAGGGCCAUCGCCCAUCAGCCAGUCCAGCAGUCCAGAUCGGAGCCAGAGAACAGUGGAGGGUCAGACAUUGUCCAAGAUAAUGGAAAUCCUAUAGCUGCUGAGAGGGUUAAGCCACGACCACCAGACCCCUCGACCAAGCCCAAGCUCUCCUGGGUUCAUACCUCCCCUGGGCAAAAUCAGAAUCAGAUUAGUCGGGAAGAGCCUAUAGCUGAGGAACAAAUUUGUUCUAGAAAAAAAGCCAAAAAGAAGCAAGCUCCCCGUGCCCCUGAAUCUGCUGGUACCAAUGGACUAAGUUCCUUAGAGGAGAAGACAAAUAAAAGCGGACCUGGUCUGUUGCAGAUAGAGCAUAUUAACGGGACAGUGCAGAGUGUCCUCAGGAAAAUGGGCAACUUCCUUGCUGACCGUAAAACUCCAAUCUCCAACGAGUCCCUGGGGGAGGGCCAGAGGGAGGUAAACCAUUCAAACAUACACUCAGAGGCAGCCUCCCUCUUAGCUUCUCAGCUGAAGGAGAAGACUCAGAGUCUGAACAGGAGUGAGCCUGGCAGCUAUGAGGAGAGCCUUCCACACUUCCAGCCCCAGAGAAAGAAGCCCACCCAACCCCUAAAGACUUUGGGCAGUGAGCCUGGAAAAGCCCUGCUUCCUACUUCGACCAACUCACAGAAAUGUCUGCCAGAUUCACCAUCUAAAGAAGUCAAAAACCCUGAGAAACAGGACUCAAUUCACCAUGAAAGCACCUCAGAUAAGGAGGAGACGACAGUAAAGGUGACACCAAUGAAAAAGCCUCCACGUAAAAUGAGAAAAGAUGAUGUGAACUCAAAAACAAAGACUACUCCAAAGAUUGCAGUGAUGCCACCAAAAGCUGCAAAUUAAUUAACAUUGACAAUUGAUUACCAAGGCUAAUACAUAAGCAUGGCUAAUCUUGAGGUUUCUGAGCUCUGGGAAAACAACCAUUCACAUGUUGGGAUACCUGAAGUGCUUUUUGUACAAGCUUCACUGUUUUGCAACAAUUGAACCACUGGGAUACUUUCCCUUGGGUGGAUGUUUUGGAUAUUUCAACUUUAUAUAUCUGUUCACUUAGUCAACAUAUAAUUAGUAAUGCUAAGAGAUAUAUAGGCAUAUUUACAUUAAUCAACCAUUAUUUUUUUCUAUUUGUUCAUAUUGAAUAAACUAAACACCCCAAAAUCUGGAUUUUGCAACGCAUAAAUGUUUUAAUAUCAAUCUCAUAGGCCAGAACACAUAACAACAAGAGUUGUGUUGGAAACGUCUGGUGUCUGUGUUGAGGGCCCUGGGGCUCAGUCUAAGUUGUGUGCGUGCAGUUUUUGAGGGAAUGAUCGACUUUAAGGCAGCUGUAAAGGUUACAUAAGAUCAUAUGGUCUUUAAU